CGAUCUCGCAUAAGCGGUUUGCGAUACGAAAUGGCCCGCUAUAUAAGGCUUCUGGCCUCCAUCGAUGAGGACACCACGUCGUCAGUGUUUUAUCAGGAGGUGGCGACGCAGAUCAACUUACUCAAGAGCAAUCUGGACUCAUAUCAAAAUGCAUACAAAAGACUAAUUCCGGUGGUUAGAUACGCCAAACUCAAGAUGGGCGCCAAUCCUGAGGAUCAGAUCAAGGUUGAACCGCAUGAGGUGAAAUUCGAAACCAAGUUCUUGAACGAACAAUCUCUCAACAGAGUCGACUCCUCCAAAAAUCCGCUGAUCUCCUCGAUAGAGAUGGGUGGCCCGCCGUCUUCGGGAAGCGUAGGGUCGCCAGGAAUGAAGAAUAGCGCCGCUAAGCGGCCGCCUUCCAAGGCGAAGCCUGCAGCGAAAAAGAAAUAGGCGACGAUCGACGGGACUAUCCACCUUUUUUCGCCCGGCUCAAAAAAUUCCCCAAUGACUGAUUUUUUUCACCAGAUAACAGUAUGGCAACUGCUUUAAGAGAAGCUUUUAUCAAGGCCAAAUCUGAGAAGAGAACUGCUCUGGUGACCUUUGUCACUGCCGGCCACCCCACCAUCGAGGAGACUGUUCCAAUCUUGCAGAGUCUGCAGGCUGGCGGUGUGGAUAUCAUUGAGCUUGGCAUUCCAUUUUCUGACCCAAUGGCUGAUGGACCAGUGAUUCAGCACUCCAACACCGUUGCUCUGCGCAACGGUGUGACUGUGCGUAUGGUGCUGGACAUGGUGAAGAAGGCCAGAGCUGCUGGUGUGACUGUUCCAUUGGUUCUCAUGGGAUACUACAACCCUAUUCUGCAAUACGGGGAGAAGGAGAUGAUAAGAGACUCUCGUUUGGCAGGGGCCAACGGAUUUAUUGUUGUUGACUUGCCACCAGAAGAGGCGUUGAAAUUUAGAGGCUACUGCAAGGAAGAGGGCAUGGCAUAUGUGCCAUUGGUUGCUCCGUCUACCACUGACGAAAGACUCAAGUUGCUCGGCGACAUUUCCGAUUCCUUCAUAUACGUGGUUUCUCGUAUGGGCACUACGGGUAACUCCAUCUCUGUGAGCACCAGUGUUGGAAUUUUGGUCGACCGCGUGCGCAAAAUCACUGGAGGCAAGGCUCCGUUGGCUGUUGGGUUUGGUGUUUCUACCCGAGAGCACUUUCUUCAAGUUGGUUCAUCUGCGGACGGUGUUGUGAUAGGUUCGAAGCUGGUUUCUUUGCUGGACGAUUCCCCGGAGGGCGAGAGGGCUGCUACUGCUGAAAAAUAUGUCAGGUCGAUUUUGACCGGAGAGGGUGAAAAUGUUGUUGGUGAGUCAUUGUUUGAGGCGGAGCUCGAUUUGAGCGCAGACGUUUCUUUUGACGAGAAGCAUCUCCACAACCCAAGAUUUGGCGAGUACGGAGGACAGUACGUGCCUGAGGUUUUGCAGGCAUGUUUGAAAGAGCUGGAGGACGGCUUUGAGAGUGCCAUUGCGGACCCAAAGUUCUGGGAGGAGUUCCGCUCGUUGUACGACUACAUAGGCCGUCCAUCGUCUCUACACCGUGCUGAUAGACUGACUGAGCAUGUGGGAGGCGCGCAAAUCUGGCUGAAAAGAGAGGACUUGAACCAUACCGGUUCGCACAAGAUCAACAACGCGUUGGCACAAAUCUUGAUUGCCAGACGUCUAGGAAAGAGCGAGAUCAUUGCUGAGACUGGUGCAGGUCAGCACGGAGUUGCCACUGCUACCGCAUGUGCCAAGUUCGGUCUCAAGUGUACCGUUUUCAUGGGAGCAGAGGACGUCAGAAGACAAGCUCUGAACGUUUUCCGGAUGCGAAUUCUAGGAGCCAAGGUUGUUGCGGUUACUAACGGAACAAAGACGCUCAGAGAUGCCACUACCGAGGCCUUUAGAUACUGGGUCACCAACCUGUCGAACACGCACUACAUUGUUGGCUCUGCGAUCGGCCCACAUCCAUAUCCAACUCUGGUGAGAACGUUCCAAAGUGUGAUUGGUAACGAGACCAAGGAGCAAUUUAGGAAGAUGAAUGACGGCAAGCUGCCAGAUCUGGUUGUUGCCUGUGUUGGUGGAGGAUCCAACUCCACCGGUAUGUUUUCUCCGUUCGAGAAGGACACAAGCGUGAGGCUGCUUGGUGUGGAAGCAGGAGGUGAAGGGCUCAACACCGAUAGACACUCUGCUACGUUGACUGCGGGAAAGCCUGGUGUUUUCCACGGAGUGAAGACAUACGUUCUGCAGGACACUGAUGGACAGGUCCACGACACUCACUCCGUCUCUGCCGGUUUGGAUUAUCCCGGUGUCGGCCCUGAGUUGUCUGCAUGGAAGGAUGCUGGCCGUGUUGAGUUCAUUGCUGCCACCAAUGCAGAGGCCUUAGAAGGAUUCAGAUUGCUGUCGCAGUACGAAGGUAUCAUACCUGCUUUGGAAUCGUCACACGCCAUUUACGGUGCUGUCCAGGCUGCCAAGAAAAUGUCCAAAGACCAGCACGUGAUUAUCAACGUUUCCGGUAGGGGUGACAAGGAUGUUCAGAGCGUUGCCGAGGUGCUUCCUAAGCUUGGUCCGCAGAUCGGUUGGGAUCUUAGAUUCGAGUCGUUUGACGACGCUAGCAAAUGAUGUGUAUUGCGCAUGUACAAAUGAGAUUUUGAGAUAAAG